GAAGCCCUGAAAGAGUCUUGGGGACUCGCAAGGGUUCUGGAUUAUACUUUAACACUCUAAAGAGCGCUCGUUCCCCUCAGGGAGACUCCAGGAUUAAAGCAGGCCUCUAGAGAACAUGGGCAUACAGAAGGGACCAGGACAGCUGGGAGGAGUUGACCUCUGGGAAGGGGCCUCCGAGGAAGCUUGGGGUAGCAUCAGCAUCACAGAAUGUCAAAAAGGAGGUCCAAGAGGGCCCACAGGGCCACAGCCCAGCAGGUCUGUGAACUAGAGCAGGGGUUUCUCCACCUGUGGGUCUCGACCUCUUUGGCAGCCAUAUGUCAGCUCUCCUACAUAUCAGAGGUUUACAUUAUGUUUCUAAGAGUAGCAAAAUUACAGUUAUGAAGUAGCAACAAAAUAAUUUUAUAGUUUGGGGUUACCACAACCCAAGGACAGGGGAAGGUUCACUGUACUAGAAAUGUAUCAGUGGAGGAGAGACAGGGGCUCUAGGGGCAUAGCUGGUAAGUCAGAAAUCGGCAAGAGUCAGGGGUUGGAACCACAUUGCCUCCUGUAGCCUAGGACAACCACUUGCAAAAUGGUUUAUAUAUCUUUAUUUCCCAAACAAGUAGGCCCCGUCAAUAAUAUCAAGUAAAGACAUCGCUACUAGCUGGGCCUGACGGCCCAAGCCUGAACUCAGGAGGCUAAGGCAAGAGAAUGACAAGUCCAAGACCUACUCACCCCCUAGAAAGUUCCAGCCCCCAUCUGUUUAGUCCUUAACAGUAAUUCGAGGGUCUCCUGCUGUUGCUGCUUGCUCCACCCCCGGCUCUCUCCUUGUAACAGGUGCAAGUGAUAUUCCCAAAUGUCCAGGCAGGUCAGAGUGGGAAAUAGCUGAGGCUAGAAAGCCGGCUAAGGUUGGACCAGGUACAGAGGCCAAAAGAUGGGUGACCCGCUGCAGGAUCGCACUAGACGGCUGCUGACUGACUACAUAUUGUUCUGCGCACGGGCGCCGAACACCCCUGAGCCAGUGCCCACGUCUGUUGAGGCGGCCUUGCUGCGCUCUGUGACUAGUCAGAUCCAACAGGAGCACCAGGAUCUUUUUAACUCCUUCCGCGACUACCAGGGCAACCGCCUGGAGCUGGUGACACAGAUGGCGGAUGAGUUGCUCUCCAAUGACCAAGAGUUCAACUGGGGCCGCCUGGUGAUGCUCCUGGCCUUCGUGGGGACGCUAAUGAACCAAGACAGGACUGUUAAGCGGAGGAGGGAUCAAAGAAACCGUCUCCUACUGGACCGAGACUGCUAUCUCAUAGUGAGCUUGCUGUACAAUCGACUCACAGGACGGCAUCGCUCCUGGCUGGAGGCUCACGGUGGCUGGGAUGGCUUUUGCCAAUUCUUCAAGAACUCCUUACCACCCAGCUUCUGGAGAAGAUUGCUGAUCCGGGCUAUUCUGUCCUGUUUCUUUGCAACGGUCGUCUUUUAUAUCUGGAAAUGUUUAUAAGUUUUAAAUUUUUAAAGCGAUCUUACCUGCCUAACUGCGGGCCCUCUAAGGGACAGUUCUGGGUAAUUGGAUAAGAACUGAGGAAAUCCUCCUGCCUAGAGACAUUUCUACCUGCAUGCUACAUGGAGUUCCGGGUUUGGGAUGGGCCUAAGUAGCUCUUUGCUAAGUGGGGAGAUGGUCUACGUCACUCCAAAGGACUUCAGAAAAACGCCGCACCCACUCACUAGAUGCGCUGUUGUCUGCAUUUGGCUGCAGGCACAGCAGAGCCACUCCCAUCUGUUCCAGGGUUCUCAGCUGCUGUUAAGUAGCCAGGGGCAGGGCAGGGGGUCCUAAACCCCAGAGCCCAGAGCAAUGAAGAAUGCAAUAGGAAACCUGAAGGAAUCCUUUGAAACCUAAAUCCUUCCAUGCCUCAUUCCCAGGGCUUCUGAAUUUAUAAUGCUCCCCUUAAUACAGUUUUAAGUAACUUCAAAUUCUUAAUAAAUGUAUACAUUUAAAAAG